UUCUCUUCCCAAACUCCCCCUUCGCGAGCUCCAGCUCGCACGGCUCAUGGAGUUCGCUAACCCUAACCCUAACCCUAACCCUAAUCCUCGGCCAAACUCUCCCUCCGCGUAGAUCGAUAAGGCAUAGUUCGCUUGCCGUAACCCUACAAAUGGUUGUUCCCCAUCAAUGGUGCUUUGCCCUUUCGGUACAUCCUCUUCUUCGCGCUUUUCGCCUAACUCGGCAUCCAGAAGAGGAAAUUUGAAUCGCCAGCUACCGAAUUGGGGUCCUUAUCCUUAUCUUGUUGAUCUAUUUCUUCAUUAAUUUCAUGAUUUGGUUUUUGUUUUGCAUCCAUGAGUCAUGGCGGGGAGGUGGCGACCAAGAAGCUGCGGAAGCCUUACACCAUCACCAAGGCCAGGGAUCGUUGGACCGAGGAGGAGCACGAGCGCUUCCUUGAUGCCCUUAUCCUGUUUGGUCGCGACUGGAAAAAGGUUGAAGAUUUUGUUGGUACAAAGACUGUGAUCCAGAUCCGCAGCCAUGCUCAGAAAUAUUUCCUAAAGGUUCAAAAGAAUGGGAUAUUGGCACUUGUUCCCCCGCCACGCCCAAAGCGCAAAGCAACUCAUCCUUACUUGCAGAAAGCUCCUGGUCAUGACUCAGAAGUUAUGGAUGAAUCUUUUGCAUACUCUCACUCAUCUAAUUACUUCAUUCCUGCAUACAAUACAUGGGCUGAUGGAUCGCUAGCAGCAAAUUACCCUUUCAAUAAAGCAUUGCCGUCACUGGAUUAUGUCACUCCCCCUCCUACAGCAGAAGGUGAUAAGGAACUGGAGAUGAUGGGAGGGGUUUGUAAUGAAAAUUUAAGCUGGACUGGGAAUGCUAAUAUAUCAUGUGCAACUUACGAGGAGCCUAAUCAAGAUGAUUCACAAAAAAUGUACCCUGUUAUACCCGACCUGGCUGAGGUAUACAGAUUUAUUGCUGGUUUAGUUGAUCCUGAAAUGAAAUGGCCCCUGGGAGUUUAUUUGCACAAACUGAAGCAGAUGGACCCUAUUACUGUUAAAUCUAUUUUGGUACUGGUGAGAAAUCUGAGGAACAAUUUAAUUAGCCCCGAGUUUGAACUGCAUAGGAACACCAUAUCAGCAUAUGAUGUGAACUCGAAAACUAUCAGGACCAUCACCGGAACUCCUCUUACUAUUCCUGCAAGCCAGGUGCUAAAUUGCAUGGAAUCCAACUAUGUUGGUCUUCUACCACCAUACUAAAUACAAGGCUAUCCUUGAACCUUAAUACUUAUUGUGAUUGAUAUUGUGUUAAAAUGUUAUAAAUCAUGGGAGAUUGAUUUCCAUAUUUCAUGAGUUCUAUUCUUGGUGCUGGAAUUGCUCUGAAACUAUAGAAUGAUGGUCUUUGCCCAUGCAGUAAAACAAGCUUGUAUUAAAUUAUCCAAUAUCUCAGGGAUGGUGCUUUCUGCAUUAAUGUCUCUGUAUCAUCUUGUUUGAUGUCAAUCUCCAGUUUGU